AUGGCGCAUGUAUCCACGAAUGCCAAUCCUAGCACCUGGCACGGGGCCGGUGCUGCCGAGUUUGAUUUGAGGAGCGACACAAUGACGAAACCCACUCCCUCAAUGCUAGAAGCCAUUUGCCAGACGACUCUCCUGGACGAUGUUUUCAACGAAGACCCCGUAACAAUUGAUCUACAAUCCUACCUGGCCAAGCGAACGAAUCAUGAAGACGCCCUGCUGGUCAUGUCAGGAACGAUGGGUAACCAGGUUGCGAUCCGAACCCAUCUGGUACAACCCCCCUACGCCGUGAUAUGUGACCAACGCUCCCACAUUGUCAAUUACGAGGCCGGCGGUGUCAGCUCUCUGACUGGCGCCAUGGUUCAGCCAAUCAUUCCCAAGAAUGGCACCUACCUGACCCUCGAAGACGUUCAGAAAUACGCAGUACUUGACGACGACAUCCACCACUGUCCCACAAAGCUCAUUAGCUUGGAGAAUACCCUGGACGGCAUGAUCAUGCCCCUGGACGAAGCGCGUCGGAUUGUAAACUGGGCCCAUGCGAACGACAUCAAGGUGCAUCUAGACGGAGCCAGACUAUGGGAAGCUGUAGUAUCUGGGGCUGGGAGCUUACCAGAGUACGCCGGUCUCUUUGACAGCGUUAGCCUGUGCUUCUCGAAGGGACUCGGCGCGCCUAUUGGCAGCAUUAUUGUGGGAUCUAAACAAUUUAUCAAGAAAGCUCGAUGGUUUCGCAAAUCCAUUGGUGGAGGUGUCCGACAGGCCGGGGUACUCGCUGCAGCCGCCCGAGUGGCUGUAGAGGAGACAUUUGGACCCGAUCCCAACGGGAAGGAAGGAAAACUCCGAGCAACGCACGUCAACGCCAAAAGAGUAGCCGAGAUGUGGACCAGCCGCGGGGGCAAGCUAUCGCUCCCCGUAGAGACCAACAUGGUCUGGUUAGACCUUGAGUCGUCCGGGUUAGGUCCCAAUGAUUUGGCGGACAUUGGCAAAGAGAAGGGACUGCAAUUGCUAGGGGGUCGAAUCGUCGUUCACUACCAGGUAUCCGAGGAAGCGAUUUCGCGGCUGGGACAAGCAUUUGAUGCAGCUAAGAGUGGGCAGUUCCAGCGUAGCACCGACCAGAGUAAGCCAUAUGGAAUCCCGGCAGGGCGCGCAUUGGAGCCUGAAGCCUCAGGCAUGAAGGACGUCGGUGCCUUGCUCCUGCUGCCUGAGGCUGCCAGCCGACCUCCAAAUUAA